GAAGCUAAUAGGAGCAAGAUGCUUCAACAAAGGUUAUAUCGCAUAUGGAGGAGUCCUUAACUCUUCUGAUAAUUCUGCUCGUGACAAAGAUGCAAGUACCUUGGAUAGAGAGUUCCAAACUUUUGUGGAGUUACAUAACGGGAAGCGCCUCCAGGGCACAAGCGUUUCUGCACCUUUGCCUGAAAAUAAAUUCUAUCCCCUCAUUACUGGGGAACAAGCAAAGGCUGCCAAUGCAUCUGCCGCAGACGCCUUGUUGUGUAAGCCUGGAUCAUUGGAUCAUGAGAAAGCCAAAGGUAAAAUAUUGGUGUGUCUCAGGGGAGAAAUUGGAAGAAUUUAUAAGGGCUACCAAGCUGCUAUGGUUGGUGCAGCAGGAAUGAUCCUUUGCAAUGACAAGGCAAGUGGUAACGAAAUCAUAGCAGAUCCUCAUGUUCUCCCGGCAUCAGAAAUCACUUAUACAGAUGGUCUUGCUGUAUUUGCCUACACUAAUUCCACUGACCAUCCUCUGGGAUAUAUUUCCGCUCCAACAGCGAAGUUGGGAACAAAACCUGCUCCAGUCGUGGCUGCGUUCUCCUCCAGGGGGCCAAAUGCUGUCACACCAGAGAUAUUGAAGCCUGAUAUAACUGCACCUGGAGUGAAUAUUAUAGCAGCCAUUAGUGAAGCAGUCAGCCCUACUAACUUGGACUUUGAUAAGCGCAAGUCUCCUUUCAUCACCGACUCUGGCACAUCUAUGUCUUGUCCACAUGUUGCAGGAGUUGUUGGGCUUCUUAGAACUCUCCAUCCUGAUUGGAGUCCAGCUGCAAUUAGAUCUGCAAUCAUGACAACCGCAAGAACGAGAGCCAACACCAUGAUGCCGAUCAUUGAUGGGAGAGAUGGUAUGAAGGCAACACCAUUUAGUUAUGGUGCUGGACAUAUCAGACCAAACCGUGCUCAGGAUCCAGGCUUGGUCUAUGACUUGAGCAUCAGUGAUUACUUGGACUUCCUUUGCGCUAGCGGAUACAACUCUACCAUGAUAGAACCUUUCGCUGACGGUCCCUAUAGAUGUCCUGAGUCGGCUAGUAUUUUCAAUUUCAACAAUCCUUCAAUAACUAUAAAGCUGGUACGUAACUCGAUGAGUGUGAUCAGAAAAUUGAAGAAUGUAGGUUUACCAAGAACAUAUGCAGCACACGUUAAAAAACCAUAUGGGAUUUCGGUCUCCGUUGAGCCCAAUAUCUUGACAUUCGAGAAUACAGGCGACGAGAAGAGCUUUAAGGUUACUUUUGAAGCUAAAGGGGAUGGUGCAACUAAAGAAUAUGAAUUUGGAUCGCUAUUAUGGACGGAUGGUAGGCAUCAUGUUAGGAGUCCUAUUGUUGUUGCUUUUGGUGACAAUAACUAG